AUCAGGAUCUUUCUACCCAUCCUCACAUUUAAUUACAUAACUCUCUCCAACAAUUCUUGUUCCAUACAAAUUUCUUCAAUCUUUUCACUAAACCAACCAACCUUUUACAUUUUCUUGAUUCAUUUCACCAAAAACCCCAACCCCUUUACAUUUUCUUGAUUCAUUUCAUUAAAGAAACCAACCCCUUUACAUUUUCUUGAAAAAAUGGCUGGUGUUAUUAGUGAAAAUGGUCAUCAAGAUUUGGAGUUUUGCAUCAAAGUUGAUCCAUUGAACUGGGAAAUGGCAGCAGAUUCAUUGAAAGGGAGCCAUUUGGAUGAAGUGAAAAAGAUGGUGUCAGAGUUUAGAAAGCCAGUGGUGAAACUUGGUGGUGAAACAUUGACAGUUGCACAAGUUGCUAGUAUAGCUGCUAGGGAAAAUGUGAAAAAUGUGAAAGUGGAACUUUCUGAAAGUGCAAGGGCUGGUGUUAAAGCUAGUAGUGAUUGGGUUAUGGAAAGUAUGGGUAAAGGAACUGAUAGUUAUGGUGUUACAACUGGAUUUGGUGCUACAUCUCAUAGGAGAACUAAGAAUGGUGGUGCUCUUCAAAAGGAACUUAUUAGGUUCUUGAAUGCUGGAGUUUUUGGCAAUGGAACAGAGACAUGUCACACAUUGCCACAAUCAAGUACAAGGGCAGCAAUGCUUGUUAGGAUCAACACUCUCCUUCAAGGUUACUCUGGCAUUAGAUUUGAAAUCUUGGAAGCAAUCACCAAAUUGAUUAACCACAAUGUCACUCCAUGUUUGCCCCUUCGUGGGACCAUCACUGCCUCGGGUGAUCUUGUCCCCUUGUCCUACAUUGCCGGAUUACUCACUGGUCGCCCCAAUUCCAAAGCCGUGGGACCUGAUGGUAAAACGCUCAACGCUGAGGAAGCGUUCAAAGUUGCUGGAGUUAACGGUGGAUUUUUCGAGCUGCAGCCUAAGGAAGGCCUUGCCCUUGUGAAUGGUACAGCUGUUGGUUCGGGCUUGGCCUCGAUGGUUCUGUUUGAUGCUAAUGUCCUCGCGGUCUUUUCUGAAGUUCUCUCGGCGAUUUUUGCUGAGGUGAUGAAUGGAAAGCCCGAGUUCACUGACCAUUUGACGCACAAAUUGAAGCACCAUCCUGGACAAAUUGAGGCUGCUGCAAUUAUGGAACACAUUUUGGAUGGCAGCGCUUAUGUCAAGGCAGCUCAAAAGCUUCACGAAAUGGACCCUCUGCAAAAACCAAAACAAGAUCGUUAUGCUCUUAGAACGUCACCCCAAUGGCUCGGCCCUCAAAUUGAAGUCAUCCGUUCUGCAACCAAGAUGAUCGAGAGGGAAAUUAAUUCAGUGAAUGACAACCCUUUGAUCGAUGUUUCAAGAAACAAGGCGAUACACGGUGGCAACUUCCAGGGCACUCCAAUUGGUGUCUCUAUGGACAAUGCUAGAUUAGCCCUUGCAUCGAUAGGGAAAUUGAUGUUUGCUCAAUUCUCCGAGCUUGUCAACGAUUACUACAACAACGGGUUGCCAUCUAAUCUAACCGCAGGAAGGAAUCCAAGCUUGGACUACGGUUUCAAGGGAUCUGAAAUCGCCAUGGCUUCAUACUGUUCAGAACUUCAAUUCUUGGCAAAUCCAGUGACUAACCACGUACAAAGCGCGGAGCAACACAACCAAGAUGUGAAUUCCUUGGGCUUAAUUUCGGCAAGAAAAACUGCCGAAGCUGUUGACAUCUUGAAGCUAAUGUCAUCCACAUACCUCGUCGCACUUUGCCAAGCUAUAGACUUGAGGCAUGUGGAAGAGAAUUUGAGGAACGCGGUGAAGAACACAGUGAGCCAAGUAGCUAAAAGAACCCUCACAAUGGGUGCCAAUGGAGAACUUCAUCCAUCAAGAUUUUGCGAAAAAGACUUGCUCCGCAUCGUGGACCGUGAAUACCUAUUCGCCUAUGCUGAUGACCCUUGCAGUGCCAACUACCCCUUAAUGCAGAAACUGAGGCAAGUACUCGUUGAUCACGCUUUGCAAAAUGGGGAAAACGAGAAGAACGCAAGCAGCUCAAUCUUUCAAAAGAUUGUAGCUUUUGAGGACGAGUUAAAUGCCGUUUUACCAAAGGAAGUCGAGAGUGCAAGGGCCGCGGUGGAAAGUGGGAACCCCGCGAUUGCAAACAGGAUCAAGGAAUGCAGAUCAUACCCGCUCUACAGGUUCGUUAGGGAAGAGCUCGGAGCAGAAUUGUUGACAGGAGAGAAAGUGAGGUCACCAGGGGAAGAAUGUGACAAGGUGUUCACAGCAAUGUGCAAUGGAGAAAUUAUUGAUUCAUUGUUAGAAUGUCUCAAGGAAUGGAAUGGUGCUCCUCUUCCUAUCUGUUAAGAAGUGAAGCACAGUUUUUAUGUUAAUGUUUGUCAAUUACUUGCCUAUUUUUCAAUUAAUUUUUACAUUUACUUUUUCUUUUUGGGGGUUGGUUAAAAUGUAAACUCCCUUGAUUAUGUUGGUUUGUAGCUAUGUAUAAGUCUCUUUUUUCAUCAGUGAAAAUAAAUGAAAAGUGAACAUGUUCUUAUA